AUGUCCCCCACGAAGUCAUGGCGGCCACUGCCGCUACCCUCUUCAUCCGACAUGCCUGUGCUACUCGUGUCUAUCGAUAUCGACACGGCAGCCUACACGGUUCAUGUCACCGACAUGGCGAACAUGUGGACCGAGAGCCUCGAUCGGAAGGCCAUCUGCAUACGGGGCUGGAGUGAGAAUACCAGCAUCGACCCCAGUGAUACGCCGGACAACAUGGUCAAGUUCCUGACUAGUAUCAAAAGCGCCUUGGAUUCAUCGCAGCCGGGGCACGACCAGACGCGUCUACGCUUGAACCGGGCCUCCAAGUCCGAUGCAGGAGAUGAAGGGCUUACUCUGCAGAUUACCUGUGAGCUUCCGGGGCUGCAGCCAUUAACAUGGCCUAUGCAUUUGAAGAAAUCUCCUUCUUCUGCCAUUGCAAAAGACCUUGUCCUCCCUUUGGUCCAAGCCCAUCUCACAAGACACCAGGAGGUGGACUCACUUGUUCGGAUGCUUGACCAGAAAGACGCAGUUCUCAACAAGUUACUGGACAAGCUGGACGCCAUGGGCACAGGAUUGGAGCAUGUGUUCAACCCCCUAUCUGGGAAGAAAAAGGUGUCUAGGACAGCAGCUGCAGACAAGGUUCCCGGUCUCGCCCCAUUCAACCGCCGACGUUGGAAAUCCGAUGUAACAAAGAGUGGUGACGACCCAAGCGACACAGAAUCAUUGGUAAAGGCGGUCUUUGGAGGCGAAGGGCUACACUUUGAACCCGCCAUUGCUAUUGAACAGCCGGCUCAGCUGGAUCAAUGGUGGCAAGACUUCCUUGGUGUAUCAUCUACACCAAGACCAUCUCAAGAAAAGGCCGAUGCGUCCAAAGCGACCACUCCACCACCCGCAGAUGGGUCCCUGGGUGUUGACGACGACGACUUCCAGGUUCAAUCCACCCCACCUGGCCUCACGACGGGACGGAAAUCGACAAUAGCGAAAACAGAACCUCUGCCGGACGAUGUAUCCACGGAGGAGGAACCAGAUUCCCCUGAGCCGGUCAGAAACACCCGGAUUAUCCCCUCUGAGACACGGCAACCGGAGUCCAAGAAACCUGCCUCACGGCUAGGCAUGCUCGGCCGAAAGAAGCAGUCGCCUCCGGCCCGCGCCCCAAGCCCCGUACCAAGCCCUCCAAAGACGCGGGGUGCGAUCCAGAAGGUUGAUGACUCCGAGACAGCGUCUGAGGCGGAGGACGAUGGUGCAACUGCCUCGCUUCCAGAUGACGAUCAACCCCCGUCUUCGCCACCGCCACCGCCAAAGCCCGCGCCAAAGAAAGGCGGCCUUGGUCUGGGGCGCAUUGGUGGUCCCAAAGCCAAGCAGCCUGCAAUGGAACCAGCCGAAACACAUGAACCGGAUGCUGGUGAGACAUCUGCACAACCCGCCACUCGACCCGCCCCCAGAAAAUUGGGCAUGAUUGGGAAGAAGAAAGGAAGUGACACCGGUCCUGUGGUACCGGUGGCAGAUGAAGGUAGGGGUCGCAGUCGGGGCCCAGUGGUUGAGGAAGAACCAUCAAAGGCUACACCUAGGGAAACGUCUCAAGAGAGGGCAGAUCGCAAGCGAGAGGAGCUGAAGAGGGAACUGGAGAAAAAAGCGGCUGCUGGUCCAGUCAAGAAGAAGCGAAAAUUCUAG